AUGAUUGUUAGUGGUCGAUUGGGACGAGAAAUAGUUCCCUCUAUUUACGAGCUUCGACAAGUUAUAUCAAUCUAUGUUUACUGCACGGAUAAGGAAAGUAACAAAAAAUGGGCUGACAAAUUUGCAAAAAUAAAAGCUGUUGUUGUUGAACUUGAUGAACUUGUCGUUCAAAUUAAAGCUGAUCAUAAAAUUCAGAAAAUGGUGGAAGAACCAUUAUCAAUUAAUAUCUUCACGACAAGUACUGAUGCCGGUAAAUCAACAAUGGGUAUAAAUGGUCAAUUUGUUUUUUCUCAAGUUCUCAUUGAUUGUCUUCUACGACUAAAAUCCAAUCAAACAGAUACAAAAGAACUUAUUGAUCAUUGUAAACAGCUAUAUGAAGGUAAUAGUGUUGAGUUGAGCAAUCUUCGUGAAUUUCAAAACGAUUAUUCGCCUGAUAAAGUCUUACAGUGGUAUACACGAGAAUCGUUCUUUUACAAAACUCUUAAUGCAGUUCUACGUACCGAAAAUAUUCAUAUGACUUUUUUAUUCUGUGGAUUUAUCUCUGAUAUUCAACGUCAAUUGAAAUAUCAUCAAGCUAAGAAUCCUGUACGAGUUUAUCGAGACAAAGGAUAUCAAGCGAUGAAUUGGAAACUUUAA